CAUAUGACUAGACAAGUGGAACAACAAAAUGAUAAUGCUCUUUCUGCUCUUUGUAGCUCUUCCUUUCAUUCUUAUUUUCCUUCUUUCUAAAUCCAAAAAUGGUGGAAAAAACACAUUGCCACCUGGUCCUAUAGGUUUACCAUUCAUUGGAAAUUUGCAUCAAUAUGAUACUUUAAACCCUCAUAUCUAUUUUUGGAAACUUUCCAAAAAAUAUGGGAAAAUCUUCUCCUUAAAACUAGCUUCUUCUCAAAUGGUUGUAGUUUCUUCAUCAACAUUAGCAAAAGAAGUAUUGAAAAAACAAGAUUUAAUAUUUUGUAGUAGACCAUCUAUUCUUGGCCAACAAAAAUUAUCUUACUAUGGUCGUGAUAUUGUUUUUGCACCUUAUAAUGAUUAUUGGAGAGAAAUGAGAAAAAUUUGUGUUCUUCAUCUUUUUAGUCUAAAAAAAGUUCUAUUAUUUAGUCCAAUUCGUGAAGAUGAAGUUUUCAGAAUGAUUAAGAAAAUAUCAAAACAAGCUUCUACUUCACAAAUUAUUAAUUUGAGUCAUUUAAUGAUUUCAUUAACUAGUACAAUUAUUUGUAGAGUUGCUUUUGGUGUUAGGUUUGAAGAAGAAGCACAUGAAAGGAAGAGAUUUGAUUUUCUUUUGGCUGAGGCACAAGAUAUGAUGGCUAGUUUCUUUGUAUCUGAUUUUUUUCCCUUUUUAAGUUGGAUUGAUAAAUUAAGUGGAUUGACAUAUAGACUUGAGAGAAAUUUCAAGGAUUUGGAUAAUUUUUAUGAAGAACUCAUUGAGCAACAUCUCAAUCCCAAUAGGCCAAAAUAUAUGGAAGGAGAUAUUGUUGAUCUUUUGCUACAAUUGAAGAAAGAGCAAUUAACACCAAUUGAUCUCACUAUGGAGGAUAUAAAAGGAAUUCUCAUGAAUGUGUUAGUUGCAGGAUCAGACACUAGUGCAGCUGCUACUGUUUGGGCAAUGACAGCCUUGAUAAAGAAUCCAAAAGCCAUGGAAAAAGUUCAGUUAGAAAUCAGAAAAUCAGUUGGGAAGAAAGGCAUUGUAAAUGAAGAAGAUGUCCAAAACAUGCCUUAUUUCAAAGCAGUGAUAAAAGAAAUAUUUAGAUUGUAUCCACCGGCUCCACUUCUAGUUCCAAGAGAAUCAAUGGAAAAAACCAUAUUAGAAGGUUAUGAAAUUCGGCCGGGAACCAUAGUUCAUGUUAACGCUUGGGCUAUAGCAAGGGAUCCUGAAAUUUGGAAAAAUCCAGAUGAAUUUAUACCUGAGAGAUUCUUGAAUAGCGAUAUCGAUUACAAGGGUCAAGAUUUUGAGUUACUUCCAUUUGGUGCAGGCAGAAGAGGUUGUCCAGGUAUUGCACUUGGGGUUGCAUCCAUGGAACUUGCUUUGUCAAAUCUUCUUUAUGCAUUUGAUUGGGAGUUACCUUACGGAGUGAAAAAAGAAAACAUUGACACAAAUGUCAGGCCUGGAAUUACCAUGCAUAAGAAAAACGAACUUUGCCUUAUCCCUAAAAAUUAUCUAUAGAUUAUAUUGAGACAUGGAUCUCAAGCUAGUUCUGUGAGGUUAGCUAAACUUAUUAUUUUCGACUUGAAUUAUGGAUACAUAUUCAGAACAGGUUUAAAAUGUAUACAUAUAAUAGAACGAUUCUCAUGGUAAAUCCACUAAUAUAAAUAAUGAAUUUGCCUUUCACUA